GCAGGCUGAGGGCAGCCAUGCAGCCGACUCACAAAAACCAGCCAUGAGAAACCCUGCCAGGGAUCUCCGAAGCCAUUGUCCAAGCAGUGCAACAUCCAGAGGGAAACAAAAGCAGAAGCUCUGGAAUUUCUAGCUGUCUCUGGCUGAGAAGCCAGUUCCAAGCCAGAGGAAGGUCCAGGUCUCCGAGCUGGAAUGCUCUGAGCUGCUCCUCCAGCCCCCCCUCGGCUCCGUGGGCUUCACCAGAGACGCACUCCUGCCCACUCCCACGGUGAGGAGCUAGAGGAGCCGCGAGGGAUCCCGCCAGCAGCACCGCGCUCCUCCGCACGCUGCGGAAGGAGGGAAAAGACAAAGUACAAAUGAAAGCCACAACCAACUUCAGCUACUCUAGAAAUGACAGCAACUGCACCAGUGAUAACAGAAUCAGCCAAGUCAUUUUUCCUUUGCUUUAUACAGUUCUGUUCCUGGUGGGUAUCACCAUGAACAGCCUGGCAAUGUGGGUCUUUUUUAAAAUAUCCAGCAAGUCCAACUUCAUCAUCUUCCUCAAGAACACUGUCAUUUCUGACUUCUUCAUGAUCUUAACUUUUCCAUUUAAAAUCCUUAGCGAUGCAAAGCUGGUAUCAUGGAUACUGAGAGGAUUUGUGUGCCAGGUCACCCAGGUUGUGUUUUACUUCACCAUGUACAUUAGCAUUUUGUUUCUUGGCCUAAUAACUAUCGAUCGCUACCAGAAAGCCACUUCGCCCUUCAGAACGUCAACACCAAGGAGCCUUUUAGGGGCUAAGAUCCUGUCCACAGCAAUCUGGAUAUCCAUGUUUGCUCUUUCAUUACCCAACAUGAUCCUAACAAACAAGAAGAAAAUGCCUAAGAACGUAAAAAAAUGUGCCCUCCUGAAAUCUGAGUUUGGCUUAGUCUGGCAUGAAAUUGUAAACUACAUUUGUCAGCUUAUCUUCUGGGUUAAUUUAGCAGUCAUAGUUGUAUGCUACUUACUCAUAAGUAAAGAACUGUACAAAUCCUACAAAAGGACAAGAUGCACAGGAAAGGCAUCCAAAAAGACAGUAAAUCUGAAGGUUUUUAUCAUUAUUGCAGUGUUCUUUAUUUGUUUUGUGCCAUUCCACUUUACUAGGAUCCCCUACACGUUGAGCCAAACACGGGACGUUUUUCAGUGCUCUGCUCAGAACACCUUGUUUAACCUGAAGGAGAGCACGCUGUGGCUGACAUCACUCAAUGCUUGCCUAGAUCCCUUCAUCUACUUUUUCCUUUGCAAAUCCUUCAGAAAGUCCUUGCUAGACAUGCUGUGCAAGCACACAGCAUUGUCAGAGCUCAGGGCACGGAUGAAGGAUCAGAAUGAAGCAGAUGACACAGACGAGACACAGUUCUAGAGCCCAGAACUGCCCAUGCCCCUUCUUGGCCACAUUUUGUUUACAGGUGGUGGAAGCAGCACAAAUCCAAAGGAAGAACAUCUAGAAUUUCACCAGCUCCUUUGGAGGUGGUUCUACAGAUGAAGCACAAGCACCCUGGAACCAACAUCACUGGGUGCAAUGUUGGUGAAACUAGAAAGCUUGAAUAAUCAAAACCUCUGUGCUCGUCAGAAUUCCCAGGAAGAAGUUCGACCUUGUAGCUGGAGCUGUAAGGAGACAGCUACAGCAGAGACAAGAAAUGCUACAGAUGAGAUGAUGAACAGCAAAGAUUUUGAAGAAAUAGCUUCACUUGGGCCAGAGUAAAGUCCAUGACAACACAAGAUCUGGAAAAUGCAAAUAAAAGCCACAGUAAAUGAGAUUUUUAAAUACAGAUAGUUGUCACCUUGCAUGCAACUGGCAGACAGAAAGAUAAGACAUAUGUAGAGAAGCUAUCUCUUUGUGCAGAUUUUUGGUAAAAGUAACAUUGUGCUUAUCUCAUUAAUAUGCUUGUAAUCAUUAAUCCAUUGACCAAUAAUUAAUAGUUGCAUGUCAGAGAAAUUAUUUCAUAACUAGAUUUACCUUCAUGUAAGUAAAAAAAUCUUCAAAUACUUCACCUUACUAUAAAUAUGAACAAAAUGUACACUUCUAUA